AUGGCUGUCCUCAAAGUAAAAUUCACCAAAACUAAGAGGGACAAAUUGGCUCAGAUCUUAUGGAUUCUCAACUGGGUUUCAGUAGUGAGCGGGAUCAUUCUCUUCAGUCUUGGCCUCUUUCUGAAAAUAGAGAUCAAGAAGCGCAAUGAAGUGAUGGCAAAAGGGGAUGUUAACUCUGUCCCCAACAUGCUGAUCUCUGUAGGAGUCAUAGCAUGCAUCAUCAACUUUCUGGGUGGCAAAAUCUGCUAUGACUGCUCAGAUGCCAACAAGUUCUCUCGAUGGAAACUAGUUAUGCUCCCAUACAUCGUAUGUACCUUCUGUUUUACCUUCUGCAUCCUGGUGGGUGCUCUCAUGUGCUAUACCAUGAGGAACGAGCUGGAAGAGUCUCUCUAUUUGGGACUGAGGGAUGCUAUUAAGUUCUAUAAGGACACGGACAUACCCGGACGAUGUUUCUUAAAGAAAACAGUGGAUAUGUUACAAAUUGGAUUCCAGUGCUGUGGAAACAAUGGCUUUAGAGACUGGUUUGAAAUUCAGUGGGUAUCUGCUCGUUAUCUGAAUAUGGCUUCCAAGGAAGUUCUGGACCGUCUAAAGAGCAAUGUUGAUGGCAAGUUCUUGGUGGAUGGAGUACCCUUCAGCUGCUGCAACCCAAGCUCCCCACGGCCCUGUAUCCAGUACCAGCUGACAAACAACAGUGCUCACUACAACUACGAUUUUCUGACAGAGGAGCUCAAUAUCUGGGUGAAGGGGUGCCGAGAGGCCCUGCUGGAUUACUACACAGCUAUUAUGAGAUCCAUUGGUAUUGCAGCAUUGCUUAUUUGGUUGUUUGAGCUCUCUGUACUUAUUGGUGCCCGGUACCUACAAACAGCAAUGAAGAAUGUCCUUCUGCAAGGAGAUUUGGAAGGUGAAUCAGAUGGCUGGUUACUAGAAAACAGCUUUGUGGAAACUGCCAAAUACAACAUCAAUAUCAUUAAGAACCUCGGCAAAGCCAAUCAGAUCUCCACUGUCUCAGGCAUGAACGACCCCAACAUUGAUGUUCAAAACACAAACUGUGGCAAAACCAAUGUUGCAACAAAAUCUAUCCCAGCAGCUAGCUAG